AUGAAGAACACUGACAUGAAUGUCAACACCUGGGAGAAAGAUGCUUUGGACAGAAGAAGCUGGCACUGCUUUGUCAGGAAGUCAAUCCCAGCUAUCGAGGAGAAAAGGCAGAAGAAAUAUGAAGCAGGUCAUGAACGCAGAGAUUCGGUUGCUCAGAGCUGGCAUGACCUGGACAAUACUGAAUACGACUGCUGGCCCAUGGAACAGCCAGAUGAGCACAACAUGAUCGACUGCGGUGGGCUGGAGAUGAGCUGGGUGGACAGACCUCCAGAGAAAGUGCGGAGCGGUGAGGAGUUUAACGUCACCUACAGCGUCAGUGCUUCCGAUGGUUUCUACCACAUGGCUGUCACAAAUGGGAUCCUGAAGCACAGUAAUGCGAGUGAAGCCAAACGGUUCUGCGAAGAAAAGGACUGUCCUUCGAACUGGAAACAUGCGACGGAGCACAAUUGUUGCAUCUACCACGCAAACAUCCACUCCUGCCCAAUGGCCUUCAUGAAAAAAGGAGGGAUCUGCGGCCCUUGGAUUCCAGACGACGGGGAAAUCAUGACUCACACUGUGUCCCAAGCUGGAAAGAUGUCCCAACAAAACUGGACCACCAAGGUCGUGUUAGUCCACGUCGGAGUGACUUCACUAAUAGCUCAUGUUAAAGUGGGCAAAAUGCACGCGGCCUUGGAGUCCAAGACAACGGUGCAAAGUGCACAAGUCUGUGAUGAUGGAGUGUGCGACGAGGAUGAACGUUGUGACACGUGUCCGGCUGACUGUGGACCAUGUCCCAUGUCCAUAGGGAUCAAAGCUUCAAUUGGACUUCCAAUCGCCCUCCUGUGUACGGGAUUUAUCCUCACUCUGCUGUGGCUGCAAUAUCAGAAGCAGAAGAUGCUGUGGGACGAGAGCUGGAUCAUCAGUCUCAAGGAGAUUAGCACAGGCAGCGGUUUUCUGGUGGGAUUCAGCAGCGUGGCAACAAUCCAUCAUACUAAUGGCAGUGCGAUUCCAAGUGAGGUGAAUGACGCUUCUACGAGUGGUUUUGCCACAAGCCCGGUUCACAAGCCGGGCUUCAUACAGACUGGCAUCUAUGACGGUCGGACGGUGGCCAUCAAGUGGAUACAGAAGAAAACUUUUAAUCUCUCGAAAACCAUCAGACAAGAAGUGAAGCAACGCGUCGCUGGCGUCAGCCUACCCACCAUCAAGGACAUAAGUGCAGAAGGGGACCAGACAGAAGCCAACUACGGACUGGUAGCCUACAGGAGCGCUGAUUUCCAGGAAUUCGAUAACGGUUUCAUUCCGAAGAUGGGUCGCAUUUACUGUGCUCCUGAAGUGCUUGCAGGCACUGCUUCGAACCUGAGCCCCACGGCAGAUGUCUACAGCUACUCUAUAAUAUUGCUUGAAAUCGCGACAAGAUGCGAUCCACUGCCGGGCGAUGUCGACCUGAGCAAGGUCGAGCUGACCUGGCGUCCUAAUCUUCCUGAAAUUCGUGCCGGAAAGUCCGACAACGAUUGCCCGACGCAGGAAGACUACGAUGAGCUGAUUAACAAGUGUUGGGCUCACAACCCUCUCCUGAGGCCAACGUUUGAACAAGUUAAGAAGAUGCUUGAUAAAAUGAAUCCCCAUAAAGUGAGCCCUGUGGACAUGAUGAUGAACUUGAUGGAAAAGUACAGCAAGCAUUUGGAAGUUAUUGUGGCUGAAAGGACUCAAGACCUGCUCCAGGAGAAGCAGAAGACAGACUCCCUCCUGUAUAGUAUGUUACCUAGACAAGUGGCUGAUGACCUUCGCCAGGGGAUCGUAUCUGAUGCACACAGUUACUCCAGCGCCACGGUCUAUUUCAGUGAUAUAGUUGGCUUCACCCAGUUGUCCAGUGCCAGCACUCCCUAUGAAGUUGUGCACUUCCUCAACUGCCUCUACACCACCUUUGAUGACAUCAUCGACCACCAUGACGUCUACAAGGUGGAGACGAUCGGUGAUGCGUAUAUGGUCGUAUCUGGAGUUCCCAAAGAAAAUGGCCUGAACCACGCGGGAGAGAUUGCCAACAUGGCCUUGGAUCUGGUUUCUGUCUGCAGGUCCUUCGUGAUCCCACACAUGCCAGAUAAGAAGUUGAAAAUCCGGGCAGGCAUCCACUCAGGUCCUGUUGUGGCGGGUGUGGUUGGAACCAAAAUGCCUCGAUACUGUUUAUUUGGAGACACGGUGAAUACUGCGUCAAGGAUGGAGUCAACGAGUGAAGCUUUGAAAAUACAAUGCAGCUCCAGUACUUCUGACCUGCUGAAAGAAAUUGGAGGUUAUGUUCUGGCCUGCCGUGGUCCACUCCUUGUGAAGGGGAAGGGAGAGAUGAUCACCUGGUGGGUCAGUGGGAAGGAAGGCGAUGAACCAGAGACCCAGGCCGAAUAGAGACAAGCUCCAUAAUUCUGACCCAGUGCUGCUGCUUCUCC